AUGAGGCCACUCACUGAAGACGAGAGCAAGCUAGUAUUUACUAAGCUUGCUAACUACAUCGGAAAGAAUCUUGUCCAUCUUAUAGACAGACCAGAUGAGCCGUACUGCUUUCGACUACACAAGGACCGUGUGUUCUAUGUCUCCGAAUCGACGAUGAAACUAGCUAUCUCCGUUGCUCGACUGAACCUCGUUAGUUUAGGGACGUGCUUCGGUAAAUUUAGCAAGAGCGGCAAGUUCAAGCUGCACAUUACAAGUCUCGACUUCCUGGCGCAAUACGCAAAAUAUAAAGUUUGGAUUAAGCCAAACGGCGAGAUGCCAUUCCUGUAUGGGAAUCACGUCGUAAAGGCACAUUUAGGGAGGAUAACAGAGGACACGCCGGAGCAUCAGGGCGUGGUGGUCUACAGCAUGAACGAUACGCCUCUAGGCUUCGGUGUUACCGCUCGGUCAACAGCAGACGUGCGACAAUUAGACCCGACUGCUAUUCUCGUUUUUCACCAAGCUGACGUUGGUGAAUAUCUUCGCGAUGAGGAUACACUUUUUUGACGUGACGGCAAUGCAACGUCUGCUGAAUUUUUCGAAGCCGCCUGGGAAAAGUACUGUAUCGUUGCACCAUGUUUCUGUAUAAUGACCUAUUACGACUUGACCCCUGCGAAGCUCGCGCAACACCCCUUCCAGGACCCGUCGGGGACGUGCACUUGAGGGAACUACAGCAACGGGAUGCAAUCAAGCUGCAAGGACGCAAGAUGAACAUAGUCUCCCUGUAAUAAAGACACAAUGCAGGGAUCAACUUCUUGGCGAAUCCUCGGUACACAGGGCUAGGC